GUUGUCGGAAGCGGUGUGGUGGUCGGCAGCGGCAGCGGCAGCAGACAAGCUUUUGAAGUUUUGGGGCUCAUGACUGGACCUGCGGACUGAACGACAGCGCGGCGGCGGAACUGACACGGCAGACGCACAAGCAGGCACGGCACGGCACGGAGUGAUCUGCUCAGCUGGGCUGCGCGGGGCGGACACUGGCAGGCACGGCACGGCGCGCGCCAUGCCGGGAGAGGGGCGGUGCGGCGGCAAGACGUACUACGAGGUCGUCGACAGCCAUCUGAAGUGAGGCUAUGGGGCCGGACUCCGCGAAGGCAAAAUUGAGCUAAUUGAACAGAAUUUAUUGGACCGGGUGAGAGCAGGUGUGUGCUUGUCCCGUUCCGUUAGGAGCGCGAGCCUGCCCAUGCUCGUGAUGCCCGGCCUGCCGCCCAUGAAGAAGACCUCUCGGGUCCAAGACGGCGCCGCUGUCCCCCUGCCCCCCGACCCGAGGGUGCAGGAGACGAACCAGGCCUCCAGGUGCUUCAGGACCUUCAUGGACUUCUUGGACUGCAGACACUACCUCAGUGAAGAGAAUUAUAACUGCGCUUUCCUGAAGGAGACGUACAAUCGAAUCUGCCCCUCGUUUUGGACGGAGCAGUGGUAUGAACAGCUGAAGAAAGGAACCCACCCCGCUUGGGAGGAGCCCCCACCCCCAAAAAUAUGCGAUGUUUGUCCGAAAGAGGAAUGAUGAAUGUUGAAUAAAUGUGAGCA